CUGACUAACUUCACAUUACAUUGCUAUUACCAACGUCCAAAAAUUAAUAACCACAUCCCUUUUUUUCGUAGGUGAAUACAUUAUUAACCGUUUUGUUGAUUCUUUCUCGAGUUAAUUAAACGAUAGAAACAGCACAAUGGCACCCAGAGGAAAUAAUAUGAUUCCUAAUGGACAUUUCCAUAAGGAUUGGAAGCGAUAUGUGAAAACCUGGUUUAACCAACCUGCUCGUAAACAUAGAAGAAGGCAGAAUCGUAUUAAAAAGGCCCGUUCUAUUGCUCCGAGACCUGUCGCAGGUCCACUACGUCCUGUUGUUAGGUGUCCUACCAUUCGGUACCACACCAAAGUACGUCCAGGAAGGGGUUUCACCUUACAAGAAUUGAAAGCUGCACAUCUCACACCAAGGUUCGCCCGCUCCAUCGGUAUUGCUGUAGAUUUUCGGCGCCGUAACAAGUCCGUCGAAUCAAUUCAAGUGAACACGCAGCGUUUGAAGGAAUAUCGCUCCAAACUGAUCUUGUUCCCGCUCCACAAGAAGAAGCUGCGUGCAGGAGAGGCCACUGAAGAAGAACAAAAGAUGGCUACCCAAUUUACUGGGGAAAUUCUUCCAAUUAAGCAAGCAGUAACUGAACCCGAAGCUCGUGUUCCGACGCAGCGUGAAAAGAGAUUCAAUGCAUACGCAACUCUUAGAAAGGAACGUUCCGAUGCCAAACUGGUCGGUAUUAGAGCCAAGCGUCAAAAGGAAGCAAGUGAAAAUGCAGAUGACAUUGCCAAAAUGGAAACUAAGAAAGGCAAAAAAUAAGACGGUUUAAGAUUAAAUGACUAUUUAAAAUACAAUCUUCUGUAAUCAAAUUAAUCAAAGUUUGAUUAAAUUUUUACUUGGGAA